UGGAAUUAUGUGAAUGUGCACAGGUGCCAAAAUUGAAAGUUGGCAGCUCAACGAUCAUAAAACUAAAUAAGUAAAGUUUGGCAUAAACAGAAUUAAAUAUUAAAAUAUAUUUUAUCAAUAAAAAGUGAAUAUAUUAAUUUAUUAGUUUUUAUAAAAUUUAAUAAAGUGCAAGCAAAUUGUGUAGAAUGGCGCAUGCCGUAGUGAAAGUUGUGGAACGUUGCGAAAAUGCACAAGAAAACAAUACAUUGGAUUUGUCUGAGUGUCAAUUAAUGCACAUACCUGAUGCCGUUUACCAUUUGAUGCGAAAUACAGAACUUAAGACUUGCGAUCUCAGUUGCAAUGUGAUUAAGAAGAUACCCCCAAAAUUCGCUCUUAAAUUUAAUUUAAUAACAGGCAUUUAA